GAAAGCGGAAGCCGCUGCGCCUGCGCACUGGGUUCGGCCGCUCCCUGCCCGCUGUACGGUGCCUCCGGUUCGGGAUGGCAAAGAACACGGUGUCUGCACGCUUCCGGAAGGUAGAUGUGGACGAGUACGAUGAAAACAAAUUCGUGGAUGAAGAGGAGGCGGCGGAAGGGCAGCAAGGACCGGAUGAGGGAGAGGUGGACGGAGCUAUCCGGGGGGGAAAUAUGAUGGGGGCUCUACAGGCUGCUUUAAAGAACCCACCCAUUAAUACGAAGAACCAAUCCUCCAAGGAUCGAGCGGAGAGUCUGGUACUGAAGGUUCUGAUCUCCUUCAAAGCGAAUGAGAUAGAGAAAGCCGUUCAGUCGCUGGAUAAGAACAGCGUGGACCUGCUGAUGAAAUACAUCUACAAGGGCUUCGAGAACCCGUCUGACAACAGUAGUGCUGUGCUGCUGCAGUGGCACGAAAAGGCUUUGGCCGCGGGAGGCGUGGGCUCUAUAGUCCGAGUACUGACUGCCAGGAAGACGGUUUGAAUGUUCGGCUGGUCGUGAAAUGAGAGCUGGUGCCAAGACCAAAACCCAGAGCCGCAGUCCCGCUGCGGGCAAGCAAUCCCUUACUUUGUUGCUGCCUCAUUUCUAUUUCCCCUCUGUUUCUCUAUAGCUUUCAUUUUUGAUACUUUGAACAAAGCAGUACAUGUGAA